CUGCCUGGUGCUCAGCUCCGCCCUCGACUAUCCGCACUGCUUGCUUGUGUUCGGCGCUGUUCAGGGUGAGUGAGUGGAGCACUGCGGUCGGUGUGGGACAGGCGCAUAGCAACGGGGCUCUGGACGGUAAACUCAACAGAUGAAGAAAUGACUUCUGCUCAUGCUCUGAGGUUUUUAAGCGCGACAGCUGAUUGAUUGUCAGGUUAUCGUAUGACCAGUGUGAAGAGAACGCUGGAGAUAGUGGGUUUACGGUUCCCGCAGCAGACGCGCAAGUUGUUGUCAGUAUUGCAGGUCAGGGAGCGAGCGAGUGAGUUUGGGUUGGAGUUAGCUUGCUGAUACGCUAACCUUAUACGCUUUUAAAUUCAUCGCAGCUUGGAAAUAUGGCUUUGCGAGCGAGAGCACUGUAUGACUUUAAUUCAGAAAACCCAGGAGAGAUAUCUGUGAAAGAGCAGGAGAUUGUAACUCUGUACAGCGAGCAGGACAUUGAGGGCUGGCUGGAGGGGAUGAACAGCAGAGGGGAGAGAGGGCUCUUGCCUGCGUCCUACGUCGAGAUAUUGAGCAAUGACACCGUCUUGUCUUUUAACAACAACUCUCGAUAUGCCAACAUUCCCACUGGUGGUUUUGACUUAAAAAAUCAGACUCAAGAGAGCUACAGCACUGCACCAGCAUCCAGCUUCACAGCCUACCCUCCACUACCUCAGCAACAACAACAACAUCAUCCAGGGACUCCAGCCAGUGAUGACGACUGGGAUGAUGACUGGGAUGAUCACUCAUCUGUAGCUGAUGAACCAGGGGUUGUUGGUGGAGGAUAUAGGAAUUAUGAAGGAAACGGACCCUCUAGCUACAGCAUCUCCACCUCCUCCAUGCCUAGAGGUGCACAGCAAGCCAAAAGUUCAGCAACGGUCAGCAAGAAUCUGAACAGGUUCUCCACUUUCGUGAAGUCAGGCGGUGAGGCUUUUGUGCUGGGGGAAGCGUCCGGCUUUGUGAAGGAUGGGGAUAAAAUCUGCGUUGUGAUGGGUCAGUACGGUCCGGAGUGGCAGGAGAACCCGUACCCUUUUACUUGCACUAUUGAUGACCCCACCAAGCAGACCAAAUUCAAAGGCAUGAAGAGUUACAUUUCCUACAAGCUGACACCCACCCACAUGCAGAGCCAAGUCAAUAGAAGAUAUAAGCAUUUCGAUUGGCUCUAUGCCAGAUUGGUGGAGAAGUUUCCUGUCAUUUCAGUGCCGCACAUCCCUGAAAAACAAGCCACUGGCCGCUUCGAAGAAGACUUCAUUUCGAAAAGGAGAAGAGGGUUGAUAUGGUGGAUGAAUCAUAUGACCAGCCACCCUGUACUAGCCCGGUGUGACGUUUUCCAGCACUUCCUCACCUGCUCCAGCACGGAUGAAAAAUCUUGGAAGCAGGGGAAGAGGAAAGCCGAGAAGGACGAGAUGGUCGGUGCUAACUUCUUCCUCACCAUCAGCACUCCAGCAGCCCCUCUUGACCUGCAAGACGUUGAAAGCAGGAUUGACGGAUUCAAGGCUUUCACCAAGAAAAUGGAUGAUAGCGUAAUCCAAGUCAAUGCCACUCUCAGCGAGUUCGCAAGGAAGCAGAUAGCUGGGUUUAAGAAAGAGUAUCAGAAAGUGGGACUGUCUUUUAAGUAUCUAAGCCAAGCGUUCGAGAUGGACCAGCAGUCGUACUCGGUCGAUUUGAACCAAGCAAUUGCAUACACGGGGGAAGCCUAUGAAGCUAUUGGAGACUACUUUGUGGAGCAGCCUAAACAAGAUGUGGACCCAUUAAUGGAUUUGUUAGCCCUGUACCAAGGACACCUUACCAACUACCCUGAUAUCAUCCAUGUACAGAAAGGUGCUCUGACGAAGGUGAAGGACAGCCAGAAGCAUGUAGAGGAAGGGAAGAUGGAGGGCCAGCAGGCAGAUGGGAUCAGGGAACGCUGCAACAUCAUCUCUUUCGCCACACUGGCUGAGAUCCAGCACUUCCAUCACACUCGAGUACGGGACUUCAAGUCCCAGAUGCAACAUUACCUACAGCAGCAGAUCAGCUUCUUCCAGAAGGUCACAGGCAAGCUGGAGGAAGCACUGCAGAAGUACGACAAUGCCUAAAUGAACCCUGUUCAGAUUGGACCGACAGAGCUUCACCUUAACUGGCAGACAGCCAGGCGAGAAUUAGCCAGCCCCUAGCAAUAUACAACAAACCAAGAGUCUAAAAUUUAUGAAAUCUAUCCCCAUACAAUGAAUGUCCAUUAUAAGGAACUGAAGAUUGUUUGGGGUGAGUAUAUAGUGAGUUUGGACUGUGUUUUCCUCUGUGAAACUAAUGAGGAAUGUCUUCGAUCCUGCUACUAAUGUCAUAUUUUAAACGUGUUCUUCACACGGACGAAUGAGAUGUUGAUAUGACUCAAGGAGCUUGCGUGGCUCCUCUCUGCCACCUUUUAAGUACUCGAGACCCUCUUAGCCGUUCUUAGAUGUUUACAGACCCAACAGAGCCGCUGUCUUCACUGUUGUGCCUUUCAAUCUUGUGUCGUUGGUGUUUUUAUAAUUUCUUAAAAAGAACUAUAUAUUAUUCUUAUUCCGAGAUUUGUUUUUAUGAGGUUUGAUUUUAUUAUCUUAUUCAGAUGUCACUCCUGCUUAAAAUGGCAGGCAAAGGACUGGCUGGCUCGUGUUUGGAGAUAAGCGUGGGAGUAGCUGGACGUCAUGCCCAAAUUUGGUAUCCCGUCUGAUUUAUUUCCCUUUCCCCUCCCCUUGAUAUUUUGGUUCCAGUGCAAAACAGAAUGUGCAUUUGAGAGAAAAAUCAGUAGCCGUCGUCAGAUCACCUGCCGUCACUUGGAGACAAUUGAGCAGAAGCCUAAAAAAAAUGUGUAAAUGUGAUGUAAACAGGAAGCACAACACACUCAGGAUAACAAGAGUUCAUUUUGGACACCAUUUUUUCAGACAUAAUACUCAAAACUAAUGGUCCCAAGGUGCUCAGAGAAUCCAGUUUAUUUUCUACUGCACGUUUUUACUUCUCAAUGUGCAGGAUAAACCACACCUAGAUGUCCUGAAUUGUUAAAGAUUCCAAAUAAACUGCUCACUUAACUGCUUGUUGCAUUGAAUAUAUUUUUGUAUUGUAUGUGUUCUGAGCUAGGCAUUUCAAACAGCUUUCCUAAAAGAGCACAUUUCAUUCAUCACCUUUGUUUUUUCCUCUUUCCCUGGUUUAUUCAGCAUAUAUGACCAAUACUACGCAGUUUCUGUGCAAACGUGAGUGUUGUGUCGAAGGAAGGAGGAAAGCUUUUAAAAACGUAUCUUCUUACUGGUGUUGCUGCAUGAAAUGUGAAAAUGGAUGCAGAUGUUUAUGUCAACACUAUCAUGAGGUUUGGCUGGAAACAUAUUUUCACCUUGUACAUGAUGAUGUUGAUAAUAAUAACAGACACUUGUGAUUGUUCAUUUACAUCAGCAAUAAAGAACAUUGUCAACACUGA